GCGAGCCGGAAGCAGCAGCCCGCGGCGGAAGAGGUGGGCCCGGCAGACUGGCGACUUGGAUUGCUUAAGACGCGAGGCGGUUGCGACGGCCUUCAGCCUCUCCCUCUGCAGCUCUGGCUCGUAACCUUAACUUGCGUUCAUUUAGGGCUGCUUGCUGUUUCCACGUGCCUUGGGCCCGCCCACUGCAGCCGCCAUCUUGGGGGCGGUCGCCGACGCCUAGAUUGAGCAUCUCCACAGAAGUUACAGUUUUAUCCUUUUUUAAGAACUAGAACUGUGUUUCCAAAAGAAGAAACUACAGUUUUAUCAUGCAGAAAGGAAAAGGAAGAACAAGCCGCAUCAGAAGACGAAAACUCUGCAGGAGUGCUGAAUCAAGAGGAGUGAAUGAGAGCUACAAGGCUGAAUUUAUAGAGCUAAGGAAGUGGUUGAAAGAUAGGAAGUUUCAAGAUUCGAACUUAGUGCCUGCAUGUUUUCCAGGUACAGGAAGAGGGCUGAUGAGCCAAACAUCCCUGCAGGAGGGACAGAUGAUUAUUUCAUUGCCGGAGAGUUGCCUGCUCACCACUGACACGGUGAUUCGAAGCUACUUAGGGGCGUACAUUACUAAGUGGAAGCCGCCUCCAUCUCCCCUGCUGGCUCUGUGCACCUUUUUAGUUUCAGAAAAGCAUGCUGGGGACCGAUCUCUUUGGAAGCCUUACCUGGAGAUUUUACCCAAGGCCUAUACCUGCCCUGUUUGUUUGGAGCCGGAAGUGGUGAACCUUCUUCCCAAAUCUUUAAAAGCAAAGGCUGAAGAGCAGAGAGCCCAUGUACAGGAGUUCUUUGCUUCCUCCAGAGACUUUUUCUCUUCUCUGCAGCCUCUGUUUGCGGAGGCUGUUGACAGCAUCUUCAGCUACAGUGCCCUACUCUGGGCUUGGUGCACUGUCAACACCAGAGCCGUGUACCUGAGGCCCAGGCAGCGGGAAUGCCUUUCUGCAGAGCCGGACACCUGUGCACUCGCUCCGUACCUGGACCUGCUGAAUCAUAGCCCACAUGUCCAGGUAAAAGCAGCAUUUAAUGAAGAAACUCACUGUUACGAAAUUAGAACGACUUCGCGUUGGAGAAAACAUGAAGAGGUGUUCAUCUGUUACGGCCCUCACGAUAAUCAACGGUUGUUCCUAGAAUAUGGAUUUGUUUCUGCACACAAUCCUCAUGCUUGCGUUUAUGUCUCAAGAGAAAUACUUGUUAAAUAUCUUCCAUCAACAGAUAAACAGAUGGACAAAAAGAUUUCCAUCUUAAAGGAUCAUGGCUAUAUAGAAAAUUUGACAUUCGGAUGGGAUGGACCAUCUUGGAGGUUACUCACAGCCCUUAAGUUGUUAAGUCUGGAAGCUGAAAAAUUUACAUGCUGGAGAAAAGUACUUCUUGGGGAAGUAAUUUCAGAUACGAACGAGAAGACAAGUUUGGAUAUAGCCCAGAAAAUAUGCUAUUAUUUCAUCGAAGAGACUACUGCUAUGCUUCAAAAGGUGUCUCGUAUGAAGGAUGAAAAAGAGGCUCUGAUAAACCAGCUAACUCUGGUGGAAUCCCUGUGGACGGAAGAGCUCAAGAUUCUCAGGGCAUCUGCCGAGACCCUGCGUACUUUGCAAACAGCUUUUCCCUGACUUCACCGAAGCGUGUUUAGUCACCUCCUCUGAAACAGAAGUUAAUUUGAAGACAGCCAUCAUGGGCUGGGGCGGUGGCCGCCCCCAGGACAUGCAGGAGUCUGCAGGGGCAGCACAGGCUCUGGGAUUGUGGGGCUGUGAGUGCAGGUGGACCAGCUGUCUGCAUGGUACCUCUAAUGCUCUUCAGAAGGAAGUGCUGAGCUGUGAGGAGAGAGGCGGACUGCGAGCGAGCCAGGAGCCAGCCGCACUCCAUGUGUGUGGUCUGUCACCGCAGGGCCUGCUUCUUAUCUGGCACAGCAGCCAUCGGAGUCAAGCGGUCCUGCUUUUAAGAUGCUUUGAUACCAUUGGGUUAAGGGGCAGGUUGGCGGGGGGUGGCUUUGGGCUGUGCGGAUGGGGCAGUGGGAGGCGGUUCUGGGUCCCUGACAGGGUGGCCCAGCUGCCAGCCCUUCCCUGUGUGGACACACUGGUAGGUGUUGAAGAGCCCUCCAAGGGGACACAGGGAUUCCAGGAGGAGGGAGUUUCCCCCAAACAUGCUCCUGGACUUUCAAAUGCCCAAGCCGGGGCUUGUCUAAUUAUUAACUUGGGAAGAAUGGCCGGCUCAGCCCUUGGCUCUUUCUGCUUUGUUCUGCCGUCUUCCCUGGGCAGGCCUCUCCACCGCGGGAGCUGGCCCGCCCUCACAGCUGGGCCUUGGUGGGCCUGUCUGCUUGAUUCUGGGCUUCAGUGUACAUCAGCUGAUGGCAGACCAUGGUGGUGGUUUGGCCUCUGUUCUUAUUCUUUGAGUUUUGAGCCCACUCAGAUCCGGGGUGGGGAGGAGGGGACGCUUCCUGCACAGCUCUCGGGGAACUUCUGAGGGUGCCACCCCCGUAACCGUGGGGCUGCUUGUUCUGUUCAGGCCCGUUCCGGGGUCGCUGCCUAGACACUGUUGCCCAGAGUCCUGUUUGCCCUCCCAGGGGUCCGUCCUUCCCAAGAACUCAAAUUCCUUUCUCACUGGAGCCCAGCGAAACCAAGCGAGCGGGGCCUGCUGGCCUCAGAAGGCAGCAGAGUUUACAAUGAGACAUUCUCAUGAUUUCUUGAACCCCUUUCCCUACUCGUACAUACAGUUUAUUUUAUUUGGUAGUUGCAGGUCCCUUCCUUUCUUUUCUUCACUAUUCAGUAUCAUGCAGUGUAUUUCAGAAUGUGCCGUAUGGAGAGUGGGCAGACUCUUCUGUAGAGGGCCACAGAGUGGCCAUUUAAAGCUUCCUGGACCGUGGUCUUGGUCCAGCGAUUCUGCGGAGCAGCUGUCAGCAGCAUGGCAACCACUGCAAGGCUGGCUCUGGGAAGCUCUCCAGCGACAGGUGCGGGCCGUAGUCUCCUGACCCCUGUGCUGUGCUGGAAUUUCUUUCUCCUGUUCCCUAUUAGUGGACCUAAAUAUGUUAAUUCCUUUACCGCUUUCAAGAUGGACACCCUCUUGAACAUUAAAAACCUUGCAGACACUA